UUCGACCCGGGGCUGGUUCUGGUGUCGGCUGGGUUCGAUGCCGCCCGCGGCGACCCACUGGGGGGCUGCCUGGUGAGCCCCGAGUGUUACGCCCACAUGACCCACCUCCUGCUGGGGCUGGCGGGGGGCCGGGUCGUGCUGGUACUGGAGGGAGGCUACAACCUGGUGUCUAUCUCCGAAUCCAUGACCAUGUGCACCCGGACCCUGCUGGGGGACCCCCUGCCCGAGCUGGGGCGCCUGCGAGCUCCCCACCCCAGCGCCCUGCAGUCGCUGGCCCGGGCGAGCGCCGUGCACCGCAAAUACUGGACCUGCCUGCGGCUGGAUGCGCCGAUCCAGGAGGACUCGAGGCCCCAAUCCAGGCAGCCGGGCCCCAUCCAUGAGGACUCCCCACCAGAGGCCCCCUCGGGGGGCUCCCAGAGCCCCCCAGGCUCCGAGGGCUCCGUCGACGACAUCCUGAGGCUCGGAGCCCUCUGCCUCAGCGGUGAGGUGGGGACCGACUCGGGCUCCCCCCAGCUGAGCCCUGACUCCGCCCUGGUGGGCGGGGCUUCCCCUGGAGAGGCGGAACCUCCAGCUGCAGAGGAGUCAGAGGACCCCCCCAGCCUCCUGGACGAAGCAGCCGCCCUGCUCCCCACCGCCUCUGUCAGCCUGGGGGUGGAGUUCGCAGACACGGGGACGCUCUACGCUGUGACCCCUCUGCCCUGGUGCCCCCACCUGGACUCGCUCCAGCCCCUUCCCCCGGCCGGGCUGGACGUGCUGGCGCCAUGUGAGGAAUGCGGCAGCCGGGGCGAGAACUGGGUCUGCCUGGCCUGUUACCAGGUGCUCUGCGGGCGUUACAUCAAUCAGCACAUGCUGGCUCAUGGCUCCCUUUCCGGCCACCCCCUGGUGCUGAGUUACGCCGACCUGUCGGUCUGGUGCUACGCCUGUCAAUCAUACGUCCAUCACCUGACCCUGCUGCCAGCCAAGGCCCUGGCUCACCGCAUGAAGUUCGGGGCGGACCCGGCCGCUGGGCUCUGAGCCCUGCGCCACAGGAAGGGGGGGAUGUUCAACCCCCCGCAAUGAUGGAUGAACCCACUCUCUUAAAGGGCUACAGACGUGCCAAACAACUCACCAGCAGUAAGGAAGGACUCUCUCUUCCCACCCCCCAUGUAUUCACUGGGGGGUCGGUCCCACGCCACCCACUGCAUUCACUGGGGAUGGCCACCCCCAACCACCCCCCACAUCCUCUAGGGCUAGCCUCCUUGAUCCCCACCCCAAGCCUGGGUCUGCUCCAGCCCAUCCCCCACCCCCCAGCAGGCCAUGAGGAUCACAGGUAUGCAGGGGAGGGAGGUGUCGUCCAUUUCUGUUCCCCCUCUCCCCUCCAAUAAACCUGGGACCAGCUGUAUGAACAUCCCCUGGGUUCUCAGGAGCCGUUUCUCCCCCCAAGGGGGGUGGGAGCGGCAGACUCUGUGGAUCAGGUGCAAAUGGCCCCCUCCCCGUGAAGGGGGUGAAGAUAAAGGCUCCUUUAUAAACCCAGACUCCAGAUGGCCGGCGGGGCGAGAGGAACACGGCCCUCCGUUUUUGUUAGUGUAGGACCUACAAUAAGUGGGCUGGGGGCCAGAAUCCAUGGUCGCAGCGUGAUGUGGGAGAUCUCCCCUGUGUGGGAUGGGACAUGGGGCACCUGCCCCAGGCAGGCGACAGGCCCUCGCUGUCUUUGCUUUUCGGGUUGAUUAUCGCAAUACAAGGUUAACGAUG